UCACUCAAAGUCAUUGCAACUUCUAUCUUCUUUGUCUCUCUAGUUUUCUUCACUUCUACUUUGGAUCUUUUCCUUGAGUUGAGUAAACACUGAAAAUGGGGUUUACUUUGAAAAACCUUGGUGAUAUUCUACUGUUCAUCACACUCAUCACCUCUCUGGCUUUGGCAAAAGAGGGUGAUGCUGACUUGGUGAAUCCAACCUUGGUUAGUGUUGACGAUGGAGCAGUUUGCUUGGGAGGGAACCAGGCAGCUUACUUCUACGUCCCAGGGUUUGAUAAUGGGAUUGAAAAUUGGAUUGUAUAUCUUCCUGGAGGCGGAUGGUGUAAAAAUGUUAGUGAUUGUGAAAUUUACCUUCAGAGGAGAUUUGUAGGCUCAUAUCCAGGAGAAUUUCCCUUUGAUCAUAUUUUGAGUUCCAACAAGGAGAAGAAUCCUGACUUUUUUGACUGGAACAAGGUUGCUGUCCGGUACUGUGAUGCAUCAUCGUUCACCGGCAAUUCUGAGAUCACAACGACAAAUGGUACUAAGCUUUUCUUCCGAGGAUGGAGAAUCUACACAGCUGUGAUGAAAGAGCUGUUGAUUAAAGGAAUGGGGAAUGCUAAAAAUGCUCUGUUAGUGGGAAGUUCAGCUGGUGGAGUGGCAACAACCAUUUAUUGUGACAGAUUUCGAAGUUUGUUUCCACCGGCUUCUAGAGUAAAAUGCUUGUGUGAUGGUGGCUAUUUUUUUCUUGCGAAAAAUCACACUCGCGGAAAUCAAUUUCUAUCAAUGUUUGAGGGACUGAUAAAACUACACAAAUCAGAAAAUGCUCUGCCAAAAUCUUGCACAACAACAUUGAGUGCAGAGUUAUGUUUUUUCCCGCCGAAUUUACAGAGAGAUAUUAAAACACCCAUCUUUUUCCUUAUGUCAGCCUUCGAUUAUGUUCAGAUCAAUUAUACACUGUCAAUUGAUCUGACUAAAUGCGCUGGACCGAAGAAUUGCACUUUGAAUCAAAUUGAAGCGUCACAAGAUAUUAGGUCAGAGUUGCUCACCGUCCUACCCAAAAAAAGCAAAGCAUUUUCUAAAGGAUAUCUGAUAACCUCUCCCGUGGCUCAUACUCAAGUAGAUCAGGAUAAUUGGUACAAUCAUACUGCUGGGACUAAUGAGAGUUUAGCGAGCUUUUUUGGAGCAUGGUAUAAUGAGAGGAAGGAUGUUCAAAUAAUAGAUAACUACCCCUGCCCCUACCAAUGCCCGUAUUAGUACUUGUGUGCAUGAAGUUGCAUGUCUCAAAUCAUUUUAUUGUAGAGAAUAUUACCGGAAAUAGGAAUAAAAAGGUUUGAAAAUUCCAAAAUAGGACUGUCAUGUUUUUAUUCCGAAAAUAGGAUUAAUUAGUGUCAUGUUUUGGCAGUACGAGACUUCAAACAUGGCAGUAUUCUCUAAACUUGACAGUAAUUACUCCUAUUUUGGGAAUAAAAAACAUGACAUCCUAUUUUGGAAUUUUCAAACUGUUUUAGUCAUAUUUUGGAAACUUUCCCUUUAUUGUAUCUUGUUAUGUAGCUAACUACAAUGCUUCAAUCACAUACAGUCAAGACCAGACUUCGUGAAAAUAUUGUAUUCCUAUUCCUAAUUAUAAGUUUAUAACUAUGGCUUUCUAUUAUAUUAUUG